CUGUUUCACAACCGAGGUUUUGGAAGGAUUCGAUGUGCAGAGAACAAGUGGUCUGGGAGAUACGAUAAGAAAAUAUGGUUUUCUCACUCGAGCAAUAACCCAGUACUACAGAUCUCUGGAUCCUGAAGACAAAGAGAAAAGCUGUGGGGUCUGCUCUCCUUUUGAUGAAUUUAUUAAGAGGUGCCAAGAUUUAGAAAAGAUGACAGUCAGUGAUGUCUUUGCCACCCAACUCAUGCAGGUCCAACAGGUGACAGAGGAGGUUGCCAUCACUGUUCUGGAUUUGUACCCGACCCUGCUAUCUCUUGCUCGUGCAUAUUCUUCACUUGAUGGUGACGUUCGUGCUCAAGAGGAAAUGCUCAAGAAGCAGAGUAACAAUGUAAUCAAUGAAGUUGCUAGUAGAAAUAUUUUCCAACUUAUUUGGGGUAGUUGA